CCCAGGCAGUCAGUUAAGUCAAUCAUUUAGAACGUGCCGGUUUGGAUUUGGUGUGGUGUGCUUACAGUAAACCAGAAAAAAAACAUUUAUUUGAAAGUGUACUUUACGGGGUGAAUGUUCCACAGUGUUCCAUCACUGAUGUUGCCGAUCAGGUUUAUUUUCAAAUUAUGUCAAUUAGAGAGGACCCAUAGGAUCUUUCGUGAAUUUUACUACCACUGUGAACAAUAAACUAUACUGUGAGGCAACGAUCGUUCCUCUACAAUGUGGAUUCGAGAUAAAACUGAUAAGAACCCUACUGAGAUGCAUAGCGGUACUUUCAUCUCUCCCAAACACCCGGCCAUCCCGGUGUCGAUUGGCAUAGCAUCUAUCGUGCUCGAAGGUCGCCCCGCGAUCCUUGAUGAAGGCAUCCGCUUGGGUCUUAACGACACCGGGGGGAGCGCUGGUAAAGAUGAUGGAUCCAGCGGCGAUGGAGGGGGACUCAGUGAAUCCAAUGGUGGUACCAGUGGAUCCGAUGAAGAUGGUGGGUUUUUCAACAAACCCUCUGAUUGCGGUGAAGGAUGUUCUCCAAUGUUACUAUCGGCUGCUUGCGAGAAAUCCUUCUUGAUGGCAGACGAAGCCAAAAGGAUCAAUUUGAAGCUGCAGCAGAUUCGUACGUGCCCAGGAUCAAGUAAGGAUGCUGUUGAUAAUGCUGUAACAGUUGAUGCCAGAUCAUCUGGUUCGACCGGUCGUGGCCGUAAUAUAGCCGAUGGAGGGGAGUAUGCCGGUUAUGGAAUUGAAACAUUCUCCAACGAAGGACCAUCCGAGAAGACUUCGCUCAUUUUCAGUGCCAAAGCAUGGAGUCGCGAACAUAUUUACAGUGGGUUUGAAAAAAUGAAAUUGUUAAGCGCGAUAUCACCUAUCAAGGCAUCGUCGUCAGUAACCAGUUCGUUUAUAAAUUUCUCUGCGACCGUAAAUACUCGUAAAAAAUCUGACGCCGGAUGCAUUAGCAAUUCAUCUAAUAAACCGCGUACUCGCGAAGGACCUCAUUGUGAGCAAUUUCUCAAGAAAAUAGGAGUUAUCAAAAUGGAUGCUAAAGAAGACGUCGAUCACAAUUGCAGUUAUCGCAACGAAUCGUGUCUCCGUUGGCAAAAGUACUUCAAUCAACUUUCGUCCAUUUUAACUAGCGGAGAGACAAUUUGUAUAGAAGUUUAUUUAGGACCGGAAAAUCAUACCAUCCUUUUGGAACAAUGGAUUUUAAAAUUGAAAAAUAAAUCUUCUGAGUCAACUAUGACACUACAAUCUCUAUGUGCUGCUAUCCGUAGUCAAUUAUACUUUUCACAGAUAUCUGCUUGGACCGAGCUGAUCAAAAAUUCUCUUGAACCGGAAAUUUUCAACAAUCCUCGCAUCAAAAAAGUUUCAUCUCCAAUGGUUGGUAGUGACAGUACAGCAACGUCCACCGCGAAUGGUGAAACGUCUCCGCCAAUCCUUCCAAAGGCGAAGUUGGAUAUUUUAUUUCGGAUACGUGGGUACGAUAAUUCUGCUUCGUUCAAUGUUCCACCUAAUGUACACAAUUUCCCGGAUGCAGUCAUUGCGGACAACUACGCAAUCGAAGUUUGCCUGAAGAGUUUGCCACGAUUAGAUCGCAUACCUCGAAUGAAUGAUGAUACUGGCUGUAAAACUGGCAAUGCUUCAAUGGUACAUGACCGUAUGGAUAUGCCGUGUCAUGAAAAAGGAAAACAUCGAUGCGCUUUGCAGGAAGAAGAAGAAGAGGAUCCACAAAUGGGAGAUGAUGAUCUUAAUCCAUCUGCCAUCAGUCAUCGAGAGAAGCAGUUAAUGAAAUACAAAAAACGCAUGUUAAAAAGAGAAAAAAAGAAAAAGGUUGUUACACAGGAAGCUGUCCUUGACGCCGAAUACGCAGAUCUUAAGCACAAUGUUCCACCAAUAAUUUUGCCAACAAGAUGUACUCCGGCAUUGGAUAUUCCUAACAUAACAAACUGUACUUUGCCACCAUACACCUCAUCCAUCAAUUUAAUCCAACCACCACUGUAUUCGAACUGCGAUAAUAUCUAUCAAUCAGCGCCAUGCGCCAACAACAACUCUAAAGCUACACAGACUGCCAUCUUCCUCAAAAUGCCAAACAGCGGCAACGUAUCAUCGGUAGCCACCCAAACUGACACCAUUGGAUGUUGCUGUAGCUGUAGUAGGCAGAGCUUAAUGUCAGAGCCUGACAUAGUUUUAUGCACAAACGGUGAUAGCAAAAUGCAAUAUAGUAAUAGAAGUAAUAAUCGUCGUGAUUACACUAGUGAUGACUGUGAUACAAUGAGCCAGCUUCAAGAAUUCGGUGCUGUGGUAAAAGCCGAAGACCAACAGUCCGAGCAGUCCCAAGGUCUUCAAAAGGCUGAACUACUUUUGCAAGCCAUCCAUCGGACGGCAAAUAUAAAUGAUCAUCAUCAGCCAGAAACGGCAGGAUUCAAAAACAAUAAUUAUUAUAGUGGUAGUUUCAAUGAUAAUAACAAUAUCGGUAGUGAUACUGCAAUGUGUGAGCGAAGCGAAUGUGAUACUUUUACUUUCAACAAGAAAGCUUUAGAUUUAGGUGACUGUCGAUUGUGCAAACGACAAAAAACGAAACAUAAUUUUAAGCUGGCUCUCAACGAAUCUGAUAGCGGUAGCAGCACUGGAAACAGUAGAAAUAGCAGUACGAACAAUAGUCCUCCCGGUUGUCGUCGGACUUUGUCGGAAAGCUUAGUUGGUCAUUUCACUAUCCCACCAUCAUCACCGAGUGCCAUGAGCGCUACUGAUGAUAUUGUCAUUGAUACAUUUGAUGAUGAACAGAAGAAAAAUCAACCGUACCAACGAAUCAAUCAAAGCCAAAUUAAUGAUGAUCUCAGUAAAACCCUUAGCCGUUCUACCGGAUCGCAUGAUAUAUCCGGAUCAUUCAACUUCAGGCAGCUCACAGGUUAUCGUCGGGCAUUUUCCGAAGAUGUGAUCGACACAAUCAGUUUAAAUCAGGCAGUUGGAAUGCUUGACAGCAGAACCGUAGAUUACGAAGGAAACAAAGUUGGACAGCCGGAUGCUGAUGAAACCUUUAAAAAAUGCGGGUGCCAGACUCCAUUGGUGCACUCUUUAUCGAACGAAUAUCUUUCUUGUUGUUCAUCUUUCGUAACGCCCAUAUCAGAACGCUUGCAGACAUCGACACCGGCCAGUAGUAGUGGGAAACUACCACUUUAUGUCAGCUGCGGCGAAAGUAGCUGUUCCGUCAGCACCGCUAGUAGCGUUUCACCUCACAAAAAACAGAUUCUUAGCUGUUCAGCAAUCAGCAGCAACGAUACACCAAAAGUUAAUUCAAAUUUCAUAAUCCCCAAGAUAAAUUUGUCCAACAUCUUCAACGCUUCACCCUUAGCAAGAGAAGAUUCAGGGUUUGUGAGCAAUUCUAGCCCAAUACCUAUCGAAAGCAGUGUAUUCAGCUUUGCAGAGUCGGUCGAACGCCUACACGUUCAAAAAAAUAACUCGGCGCCAACAUAUCCGCUUUCUCCCGGGUCUUUGUCCCCUCGUUUCAUGAAGCAUGCUUCCAAAAUUCAGCGCACCCGAUACCUUUCGGAAAGAAGCUCAUUUUCCGAACGAUCAUCUUUCGGGUCUGAUGAACAGCUGUCUGACGAGGAAAUACCCUACUUAACGGACGCAUCGGCUACCAAUGGCCUGAACUUUAGGCUUAGCCCACAUACACUUUCACGCUCGCCUCUUAAGUUUGGCAAUGUUCACCGACCCUCAUUUUUAAAGUCCUUCAGCAAAAAUUUGUUCCGUUUUGGUCGUAUGCCAUUACUCGGUACACUGGAAGAAUCGUUACUACAGCGUCGGAUUGCUCCUAAGUUCCAGGUUGCCGAUUUUAAGGUCCUUCUUGGAGCCUCUGGAAGCUUUUGUCCAACUCAAUUAACUAUACCAGCCGCUUCUUACUUUUACGAGCUUCCCGGUCAACAUCUCACAACACCAUAUGUGUGCGAACUACGUCUUCCAAGGAAAGGAUAUUCAAUUCCGCGUCAGGGAACUGUCCAAGUAACUUUACUAAAUCCGUUGGGAACAGUGGUUCGAAUGUUUGUCGUAUCGUACGAUUUCAGAGAUAUGCCUGCCAUGUCAACUACCUUUAUCCGCCAAAGAAUUCUGGCUUGCGAUGACAGUGGUAGCAGCAGUUUGAUAAACGGUGUUAAAACAGCUGGUAGUUCGAACUUUGUGACAGGUGGAACAACUUGCAAAAAUGUAGAACAAUUGAGUAAUGCGGAACAGAUGAAAAUGUUGCGCUAUGCUAUUCAUUUGAGAUUUCAAACAUCACGCUCCGGAAAAUUGUCGUUGCACACUGAUAUCCGUUUACUAAUUUCACGGCGCACUGAUUGUGAUACAGCGGCGGCCCAUGCUAAAAAUCUACUGGAAGCACCCAACGAGCUGAAGGUGGUCACCAUUGUUCCAGAGAAUCCCAAAUUCAGUCUAAGGACAGACAAGCAGUGAAGAGGGGGAUACUUCCUUUCAACUUUUAACUGGUUUUUCUGAGUUCUCAUUUGAGUAACAAGAAGGUGAAACAGAAAGUUUCACUAUUUUAAAUUUAUUUUGAAAGUUUUUUUGUUGUGGACAAAACUAAGCGAUUUUUUAACCUGUUAACAAUGACCUGUGUUCGAAAAGCGCCUUUAACUGGCUCCUGUGAUCCCGGGUGUUGUGGUUCUAAUAGUUUCCGUAUACCGAGCUUACUGCAUCGGAAGGUGGUGAUGUUUAGAAUUAUGCUUACCAAACCAUACGCAACACCUGUUAUGUGUAGAUAUAUAUUUUAUUUCGCUGAUUUAUAAUAUCUAAAAUAUAUUGUUUGUUUUGAAAUUUUUCGUUAAUAUAAAAUCAUGAAAAUUUCACGAACUUUUUAUUUCCACCUUUUCACAUUUAAAGAACUUUCGGAAGGGGGGGUUUGGUUCGUCUGUGUUUUAUAGCAUUAGGUUAAAGAAAGAACGUUGGUUUUUCAAUAAAUUGGUGAUACUUACUAUGAAAUAAACGGUUAUUUCAUUGUCGUUGAUAAACGUUAAUAAAUUGUCAUGAAGUUUUGCUAAGAAAAUAGAAGUGCUUGUAGAUUAGUGAUACGUAUAAUAACUUCGAAAUCAAUCGCAAAUAUACAUUACGAAAAGUAAAAAAAUGCAACUGUGAUUUAUACCUACCGAUUAUUGUUUCUAUUCUCGCGCUUCUUAAUGCACUUAAAAAAAUGGAAAUGAACCAUUUCUCAAUGCCAAGUGGUAGCACUGUAAAAGUCUUAAUGCUUUGUUUGCCUUAUUUUUGUCUGAAUUUCGGUUUUUCUUUGCAUAUGGGAAUCAUUUAGAGGAUAUUCUUUCUUGCACAAGUCUAACGCAUUGCAAGAACAAAACAUACAAUAUAAAUUUCAUUGAAUCAUUAGAUGUUCAACUAUAUUCUAUCAUUGGUUUGAAGUGUAAUCCCUUAUUUUUGCGAGAAAUUUUGAAAAACUUUUCACAAUUAGCUAUUCGGUUUGGCUAAAUUGAAGAAUAAUAGUCUUGGCUUGGUUAUGCAGCUUCUUAAAAUAUUUAACGAUCCACAUUUUUCAUAUGAAUAAACUUAGAAUAACGAAGUGAGAAGAAAGAUUUUGUUAUAAUUUUCCAGUUAUUGUAGCAGAAAUUCAAUAUAUCUGAAAAUUUGUUUCUUUAUUAAAAUUAAUCACUUGGAAAUAAAAAUGCGAAGUUUUUUUUUUAGAUUAACAAACCAUAAUAUUUCAAAAGCCCUCAGAUAGGUUUGGUUUCCAGCAUGCUUUUAUCUAUAGAUAUUCGUGCCAAUUUCUGCUUUAAACUUGUGACUGUGUUCAGGCACCACAGUUGACCCUUUUUAAUUUCUAUCAUAAUAGUUGUAAAGAACAUUUCCUAUAUACUCCUAGUUAAAAUCGUCAAUGUGCCCAAAAUCAAUUCCUAGAGAAAAUUCACACAGUCUUCUAUGUAUAGAAAAAUAAAAUAACUAGUCAUCAGCUACAAUAACGGAAAAUUAGAUCGAAUGUAAAAGCUUCUAUCAACCAUGCAAACUGAACCAAAUCGGUUAAAUGUACAGAAAAGAUUAAAAAUCCACUGAAACAGCCAAUUUAAAAUUGCGUGUAAGAAAUAUAAAUCACUGCUCACCACAUGAUUCUGUAACAGCCAUUUGAAACAGUGAAUACAAGCGUAGAGAAAAUAUAGUCAUUCGCAAUAGAACAAUAAGUUUUACGAAUAAAAAAAGAUGCGGAAGCGUCUCCGUAAAAUAUGAUUGCCAGAAUAAUAUGAUACAUUAAAAAAUAAAAUAUAUGACAGGAAAAAUUGCAUCUCAAAUGAAUCGAGCAGUUUGUGAUGAUAUGGUCAAUACUUAUAUCAUGAAUGGCGGAUGAAACGAAUAACAGAAUCAGCUUUGUAAGCAAAUAUGUGCGACGACACAUACCUACAUAACCACUAAACAACAUAUACCGCAAAAGGAAAAAAAACGAUUCGAAAAAUUAGUAGCAAAUAACCAUGAACGUUAAAUAACUUGGAAAGAACAAAAUAUGAAAAAAACAUAUACACAUACUUUAUAUUUAUACAAUCUUUUUUCGAAAUAAAAAAGAAUAAAACAUAAUAAAUAUAUAAAUAAUAAAGCCCAAAAUAGGGGAGUUAUCCCGUCUAGAUGUUCAGUUGAAGAA